AUGGACAGCCUCCUGAUGAAGAAGAGGAAGUUUCUUUACCACUUCAAAAACGUCCGCUGGGCUAAGGGUCGGCACGAGACCUACCUGUGCUAUGUGGUGAAGAGGCGCGACAGUGCCACCUCCUUCUCACUGGACUUCGGUCACCUCCGCAACACGUCCGGUUGCCACGUGGAAUUGCUCUUCCUCCGCUACAUCUCAGACUGGGACCUGGACCCCAGCCGGUGCUACCGGGUCACCUGGUUCACCUCCUGGAGCCCCUGCUAUGACUGUGCCCGACAUGUGGCCGACUUUCUGAGAGGGUACCCCAACCUCAGCCUGAGGAUCUUCACCGCGCGUCUCUACUUGUGCGACGGCCACAAGGCUGCGCCCGAGGGGCUGCGGCGGCUGCACCGCGCUGGUGUCCAGAUCGCCAUCAUGACCUUCAAAGAUUAUUUUUACUGCUGGAACACUUUUGUGGAAAAUCAUGAAGAAACAUUCAAGGCCUGGGAGGGGCUGCAUGAAAAUUCAGUUCGUCUGUCCAGGCAGCUUCGUCGCAUCCUUCUGCCCCUAUAUGAGGUUGAUGACUUACGAGAUGCAUUUCGUACUUUGGGACUCUGAUAGCAACCUCCA